GCAGGGUCAAAACUCUUGUCUUGUGCAUUAAAGACAAUUUCUCACAAUACCCCCAUUUGAUUGCCUCAUUCUGCUUUACAAAUCCUGACACAUAGCAGACGGUGGAGGAGGAACAGAUUAUGAGAAUUCUGACUCUGGCUGGGAUGCAGUUUGGCUCCUUAUACUGUUUUGGGGAUGUGUCCAGCCUGUUAGGGAAGGAGGAGAAAAAGAGGGAAUGUGUUUAUUUAAUUCAUCCGGUUACCAGAGAAGAAAAGGGGACAAUCAGGUAUGACAAAAGCAAAACGGUAAUGCUAAGUUACCUUGUCUGUCCUCCAUAAACAUCAUAAAAAGCUCACCACAGAUACUGGAAUGUAAUUAACAUUAGAAAAAUUAUCCUCGUCUUCUUUCUCUCUGCAUUAUCCCAUCCCAUUUCUGGUUCUUAUGCAUCAUGGAUAUCUACAUCCAGUUACUUGGCAUUAUUGGUUAUCUGUUCCUGGUUCCAAGCACAUGUUGCCCAGAGACCUGCUGGUGCUCUAACGCUACCCAACCCACUGUUGACUGCUCCUACCGUAAUCUAAUAAAUGUACCAACAGGUCUUCCUUUUGACCUUAGACAUCUUAGCCUCUCUGUCAACGACAUAAGAGACCUCAAUGCCGCCUCCUUUACCAAUAUUCUAAAAGUGAAAUUUCUGUGGAUAGCUUAUAACAAAAUCACCACUAUACAGCCUGGCACAUUUCAAAAUCUGACAAACCUGACGAAUUUGGACUUGAGUCAUAACCAACUCCUGGACUUCCCAUGGCAAGAUCUAUCAGCCCUCGAAAAUCUUCAGCUUCUAAAUCUCAACAACAACAAACUAGCUACAGUCCUACCAGGAACAUUCAAAAACUCCAGAAGUUUAAGAUCCCUGCAGCUCAGUAACAAUCAUUUAUUUUCUCUGCCUGAAGGAGUUUUUGAUCCAUUGUCAACUCUGUCACACCUUCAGCUACAUCAUAAUGACUUCCACUGCUCAUGUGCUUUGUCAUGGCUAAUGGAUUGGAUUCAGAAAAUUCAAGCUACUGUUGAUAGAAGAGGUGAUAUCAACUGUCUAACUCCUAGUGAGCUAAAGGGAGUUUCAUUGGAAAAGGUGCCUGAUCUUCUAAAGUGCAGAAAGCCUAUUAAACUUAUAAGUGAUGACCCUGAACUAGGCAAUACUUUGCUGCUUUGCAAAAAGGUUGGAGUUCCAUAUAUGAUGAUCCACAAAAAGACCAAAACACAAGAAAGCUUUGGGGUAGCCAUUAAAAGAUUUGCCAAUGGAAGUAUUAUAUUAAGCCCUGAGAAACAAGGCCUUACCUACUUAUGUCAUGUGUCCAAUCAAACUGUAAAAAACACUGGGGACAUUUCUGUAUCUCUUAUUCAUGACAAAAUCUCAGGAUGGCCUAAAGAGCCAGGGGAGAAGUUACUACUCUUUAUGGUGUCUGGAAGAGAAGGGUCACUGGUGAAUGAAGCUUCACAUGUAGUGCCAAUUUGCAGGAUAUCUUGGCAUAUGUUACUUUUGCUGUUGUGGUACAUCAUUCCAUGAAUACACGGUAAUAUGUAUUUCUAAACAUCACAGUGAUCUGAAUCUCAUAUAUCACAGAAAAAAAUGUAUUCAAAAUAAUAUGCAAGCAAAGUACUGUAUAAACUUGUGUCUUCCUCACAUGUGGCAUAUACUUAGGGCUGGUGCAAGGAUUUUUGACACCCUAGGCCAGUGGUUUUCAACCGUGGGGUCAGGACCCCCCUGGGGGUCGAAUGAUGAUUUGCCAGGGGUCACGGAAUCCUGGGCUGUUCCUGAAGCCCACGCCGCUCUUCCAGCCUUUUCACAACCACUCAGCAGGGCUGUCCCUGGAGCCCGCAGCCACCCACUCAGCCUCUUUGCAGCUGCCCAUUCAGUUCACGGCAUGGCU